UUUUGAUGUUGCAGGGACAUUAGAUGGCGCAUGCGCAAUGACCCAAAUAUGCAAAUGAGGCCUCCAUUAUUAUUUUGAUCCUUUUGUGGUUUGGAAAUCAACUUUCAGAUUGCUAUUGUGGAGUAUCCACUGUGAAUUUAGCGCGGUUGGCCCAUCAUGGCUACUACAGAGCGAGAGGGCGGGACUCUUGAGGUAGACUCAUCUAACUUGAAGGUUGAGAUGGUUUGUCCAUCUCCAGUAGAGACAACCGAAUCUAGCACAGUGGAAAGAUCAGCUUCUCCCACACCCGUCACAGUUACUCUUGCUAUGGAGAAAGGUGUAGAGGAUCUUGCGAAUACAGUGACCUUGGUACAAGGUCAUGUGCCAAUUGAUCAGAUGCCACGCACACCACAAGUGCAAAUAUGGGCAAAUAAUUCAAAUAAAGCCCAGAUUGAAGUGAUCCCCUGCAAGGUAUGUGGGGAUAAGUCCUCAGGCGUACACUAUGGGGUGAUCACCUGUGAGGGCUGCAAGGGAUUCUUCCGCAGGAGCCAGUCAGGACCAGUCAACUACCAGUGCCCCAGAAACAAAACCUGCAUCAUUGACCGUGUUAAUAGGAACAGGUGCCAGUUCUGCAGGCUGCAGAAAUGCCUCGCAUUGGGCAUGUCGAGAGAUGCCGUGAAAUUUGGCCGCAUGUCAAAGAAGCAGAGAGAGCGAGUCGAAGAUGAGGCUGCCUCUAUUAAACGCAAUGGUUUUGAAGGUCAAGUCUACGCUUCACCCACAGAGGGUGUUGCACCAAAUAAUAACCAAUUUGCCAGCAAUCCACAGUACACAUACGCCAAUGCCAAUGGCUACAUGAUUACCCCUGCCCCCGCAUAUGCCCCUCCCCAGGAAGUAACAUACGCUACUGUUCCCCAACAAACCAUCGUGAAUGCAGCUGAUAUUGAUCUAGGGCUGCUGACUCGAGCAGUAACAGAUGCCCACACUAGAACAUGUUUAUACACACUAGAUCAGAUUGAACAAUUAAAAGCUCAGCAGGUCUCUGAGGAAACAGUAGAAAGAUUUAAAUCUAUGAACCAUACUGAAGUCUGGGCAGAGAUAGCAGAGAAAGUCACUAUGACAGUGCAGCAGAUUAUAGAGUUUGCUAAAAUGGUUCCAGGAUUCAUGAGUUUCUUGCAAGAUGAUCAAAUCAUGUUGUUAAAAGCAGGAAGCUUUGAGAUUGCACUUCUAAGGUUGCUACGAGCGUUUGACGCAUCAACUGACCGUGUUGUGUUUGGUUCAACCAUGCUGCCACUAGACGCUUUCUCUACACUCACUGAGUCUGAACAACUGCUGAAAGAGGCAAUAUUUACAUUUGCACGAGAUAUGACCAGUUAUAACUUUACAGAGACUGAAAUAGCGCUACUUUCAGCUGUUGUCUUAGUGAAAACAGGAAGACCAGGAGUAAAGGACAACUCUGUUAUUGAGAAACUACAAGAAAGAAUAGUGGCAGCAUUUGCGAUAGAAUUGGCCAAGAACCACCCAGGAGAGGAAUCAAUGGCAGAAACUGUCCUAGAAAAACUAGCCGCAUUAUCUCCUCUUAGCCAGCAGCAUAUUGAAGUGUUGAACAUUUUCAAACAAGAAAGCCCAAAUUUAGAAUUCCCCGCCCUUCAUAGAGAGCUCUUCAGUAGUGAAGGUACUGAUAGCAGUUAAGACUAAUGGCGGGUGUCUUAUCUGGGCAUUUGGGAUGUCAGCUGGGUGUCAGAAUGUCUGGUGGGCGUCAGAAUGUCUGCUCAUGGACAGUCUUCUAUUUUUAUAUGUUAUAUGUACAAAGACCAGGAGUAUUUUGUGAUUCAAUGCAUUGUGCUCUACAUUUAAGUCUUGUACUAUAUUGUACAGAGUGGCCCUACGGGCAGAAUGGCAAUUCUAACUAGUAACAACUGUUACAACAUUGUGCAUGGUGUAUUAUAGCGGGAAUGAAGCUAGGCAAUGUAUAAAUUUUAUGUAUACAAAAAUUAUGUUUGUGAUUAUUAUAUUGCAUGAACCUACCAUUUGUUUAAAGCUAGCAUGAUUUAAUUGCCAAACGUUCUCUUAAUGUAUAGAGGUGGACAGAUUCAGGCUGGUAUGGGUCAGGAUUCCUCUUGCCAAGGGUCUGAUUUGGUGAAUAAUGGCAAUUGUGCCCCAACCUGCUAAGAUUAUUUCGCAGUAUAACUUAAUUAAUUCACCGACUUGGUGUGUCUAGGCCUACUGGUCAAAACUUAAUUACAGUUGUCAUGGUUAUGGUUAUUUAACUAGACAUCUGAAAUAAUCAGCUGGUAAAGAGUAAAAUUCACAAGAAAUUAUCUUACAUGGGUGAGUGCUUAUUGUUGCACCAUGAAAAGAGAUAUAAGUAACCAUAGGUACCCAAUCUAUAUGUCAGCUAGUCUCAUCUAACUUUACAUUCAUGGUUCCAUAUUAUUGCAAUAUCUGAUGUACCUUAUACAUAGGGCUUAAAUGAAUGCAAUAAUUUGAUGAUUAUCACCUAGCUCAGUGCCCAGUAUGUAUUGAGAUGGUAGUUUUGUAUAAAACAUGAAGCUCAUGCAAUUAUCACAUAUGACAAAAACAGCUUCUUUCUAACUUGUACAAGGUGUAGACUGAUGGAUGUAUUCCAUCUAAAACCAAGAUACAGCAUUUCCUGGUGUAUAUUAAAUUAUUUGUUUCUAUUUACUUCAUGUACCACAACAGUGCAAAUUUUUGGAUAACUCAAUUUUAGAGUUAUCUUGAAUUCUAUGAUAUAGUAUGCAAUGAAUCAAGUGGUAAAUUGUGUAUAUUAUUCUGUGAUUCACCCUGCAAGACCUCAUUCUCGUUAAUUGGCCAAUAUGCUACUUUAGAUCAACAACAUUUAAUAUUAGGUGCACUAGAUGGAUGGUUAGAUAUUGGCUAUUUGAAAAUAGAAUAGUCAAUUUUUAAUUAACAUUAUAGCAGUAGCAGAAUAUAAUACUAGCGGAUAUACAGAAUGUGAAAUGUUGAAUAUUGGAAUGCCUUAAAUGUCAGAUCCAGGAAAUGUUGUACUUGGUUGUGAUUUUAGGCUAGUAUAAUAAUAAUGUAUGCAUAAACAGAGAGUGAGGAUGCAACUCUCUGAGCUGUCCAUAUCUAUUUUUAUAUAUGUAAAAUUGGCUGUACGAUAUUAAUUGAAUUAAUCAUGGAAGUUUUAGCAACAUGCUAAUUAAGAUAUUAUGAUAUUGGAUGUUCUGCAUGUAUUGUAAGGACAGAUUUGAAUGUUUUGAUAUGAAUGAGUUGACCCUCUGAUUGAGCAGUUCUAAGACCAAGAUUUAGGAGUUUGGUAUGAUACAAAAGCAUUAAUCUUGUACAUAUGUCAGGUGUAAGAUGAGUAGGAAUAUGAAGACUUAGGGCCAAGAAAAAAUAUACUUGUUUCUGGUCACCAGUUUUUUUUUUAUUACCUGCACACUGAUCUAAGUGUUCUCCAGCUGUAUUUUGUUUAAUUUUUGUUUUGUUAUGUUGAAUAUCUGACCUAGCUUUCGGAUGGAUUGAUAUGGUAUCGUCAUAGCAAUGGUGUGUUGUUUCUGAAAUGUCUGAAUAAGCAUGUUCAAAAUAUCUCUGCUAUACUGUGCUAAUUUAACAGGUACCUGCUUAAGUCAUCUGCCCCAAAAACAAUCAGAAACACAACUAUGCUUCUUGGCCUUAGGGAACAAUGAUACUGAUAAAGGGAGUAUGUUGAAGAAAAAGUAUAAACAAUUAUACCAGGAUAAUUACUAAUUUCCUCACAAGUCAUUGUAUUUUUGCAUUUUUGUGGUGUUCUCCAUAAGGUGAUAUGUGUCCUGUGUGUGUAAUGUUACUGACAAUGGCCCUGUUUUGUUUCGAAAAUCAAGAAGGAAAUAAUGCCAAGUUAAGUUUACAUGAUAAUCCUGGCCAAUGGUUUUGGCGGCUGAUGUUUCAUGCAAGGUGCAAUAAAAUACAGGACUUGUCAAAUACGAUUUUAUAUUGAAAAGAUUGGGUUUGGAUUUCCAUAUAUUUCCUUUUAUGGCAUGUUUUAUUUCAUUUAUUUUUAAAUUUUCUAUAAAUUGGGAACAUAUGGUCAUUUAUGAAAGCUGUCCUUUAUACUUCUCAUAAAAAGCCAAAUACUUUAAAGAUUUGGCAUUUGAAAUAAUUUGUUAUGCAUUACGUGAAGCUGUUUACAAGAAGUUGCAUCUUUCAUGACGGAGAGCAAUUUUAUAUUUUUCAACAAACUUUUGUUCCUUGCUUCAUUCUGGGUGUAGGCUCAGUUAGCUGCUGUAUAUAACUGACUCUUAGCAAUAUUGACUUGACAGAUUUGAAGAAUGAAUUUAAUUGUUCAUGGUAUUUGUUGAGAAAGAUAUAUUCAUAGACUAACAGAUCAUGGGAAGGGGAAUUUCUAUUUAAAGGUCAUAUUUUCAGAUUAGCCUAUGUAGCAGUUCCUCAAUCAGCUAUCUUUGUUGGUAAUUUAAAUUAUUUAUUAGUUUAUUGCUAGAUU